AUGUCGUCCAACCACGCCUCUCUGGAUGCGGCAUCCACCGACCGCAAAGCCCGCCUCGCAAAGCUCGCAGCUCUGAAGCGCAAGCAGCCCGAACCCGAGACAGAAGCCGGCGGCGACGAGGAAUUACCUGAUGCCGACGACGUGACCACAAAAUACAUCUCCGGCCGCAACUACGACCCGGAGACUCGCGGACCGAAAUUGGGAUUUGAACAAGGUCCGCAAGAAGGAAAAGUGACGGUGGAAGCCCAGGCCGCCGAAAUCGAAGAGGCAGUGAAGGAACAAGCACAGAAAGAAGAGGACGAUGCACCCAUUGAUCUGUUCAAGCUACAACCGAAGAAACCCAACUGGGAUUUGCGGCGCGAUCUGGACGAGAAACUCAAGAUCCUCAACGUGCGGACGGAGAAUGCGAUUGCCCGGCUGGUGCGACAGCGGAUAGAGAAUGCGCAGCGUGCAGCCAAGGAGAAAGGAGCUUCUAAUGGUCAAGGCGAGGAAGUGGGUAUUGAAGGAGACGCACUGGUGGAGGGAAUCCAUAUGCGCGAGCAGGAGGGAGCCCAGGACGAGGAAACGAUUUGA